GAUGCAAGAAAUGGGAAGUACUCUUUAUUUGACAUUAUUGAUAAUUAUAUCAAUAUUAUCAUUGAUUGGAUGCUUUGUGUUAUUAAUUGAUUAUUUUCAACAAAAAUAAAAUGCCAACCUUGCAGCAAAAUUAUUAGUAAUAUUGUCAAUAAGUGAUGCAAUUUAUGUCGUCGCUGUUGUCACUAAUCCUACUCCAUGUAACCAAUGAAAUAUAAAUUAGAGACUGAUGGAGCCUUUUGUGUAAUUUAGGCUCUAUUUAAGUAGUCGUCAAGUCUUUCUACAUUCAUUGUUAAUUUUUUCUUUUGUUUAACUACAUAUCUCACGAUAGUAGAAAACAUAGAUAUUACAGAUGAUAAAUAUCAUAAAUACAAAAGGAAUGCUAAAAUAUUUUCAAUUUUAUUUCCUUUUUUGAUAGCUCUUAUUCCUAUUACUUAUAAUGGAUAUGGAAUAUAAUAUUAUGCAUGUAGUUUUAAAACUCAAAAUGCUUAUUGGAUAGGAGAAUUACUAUUGUUCUUCCUUCCAUUUGGAUUGCUUUUUGGAUCAAGUUUAUAUUUCCUUUUAAGAAUACAAGGCUUUCUUAAAGAAAUCUAAAAAAAUAAAUUAGGACAUGAUGAUUUUAUAAUAAAUAGAAGAACUUUAAUGUCACAAAAUAGUCAAAUUACUGUUGGAGAACAAUAUACAAAAUUCCUAUUUUAUUACACCCUUGUUCAUCUUUUCUGCUGGCUUCCUAUUAUUGUGAGUUCUAUUCUUGAUAUUAUAUUAGAAAGAGAUUUCUUUUGGUUUGGAGGAAUAAGUUAUAUAUUGGCAUGUUCAUAAGGGUUUCUAGAUUUUGUUUUAUUUAUGAUUAGCAAAAGGGUUUCCUCUCAAUCCUAGGUUUACGAAAGGAAUAAUAGCUUUUUAACCGCAGAUCCUAUAGAUAUAUAUAGAGGAUCCGUUGUAUACAAUUCAAGUUUAUGA